UUUAUAAAUCGUUAAUGAAAUAAGAAUUAUAAAGAGAAUAGUCUGCGAGUACAUGUGAGAACAAUAAUAGAUAUAAGAAGGUUCCACAUAAAAAUAUUAAGAGAGUAAAAAUAAAGGAGGCUUAAGAGCUAUAGUAAGAUUUGUCGAAACAUAUUCGUAAAAUAAUGAAUUUUUCUUUAUCGGAAUAAUUUGGUAACUUAUUAAAUUAGGAGAAUCAUGAGAAGUAUAAUGGUGAAUGUUUUUUAAAUCCCAAAAAACCAGAGAUGAUACCUAACUUAUCAAGGAUGAAAUAGCAUUUUCUAAAAUAAUAUCAAGAUUAAUUUAUUUUUGAGGGUAUAUAAGAAAUCCAUAAUCAUAAACAUGCGGUGUCUAAUAUAUUAUAUAGUGGUUUAUCUGCAUCAGCAUUGGCAUCAGCAAAAUGGCAUUCUGUAUUAGCAAUGAGAAGAAUGAGAGCAGAGAGACCUUAAUGUCCUGAAUUUAGAGAAUAUCCACUAGAUAAGGAAGCUAUUAAAGAAAUUGAAUUGACAAAGAGUAAAAUAACAUAUGAUAACAUAAGAUAAAAUAAAUAGAAAAAGAAGAGUUAAUUCAGAACAUCAUCAAGUGAAUGAAAAAUUAAUGUUAGAUAGAUAGCAAUCAUUAAACAAAUAUAUUGAAAACAUUAAAUAAUCAAAUAAAAUAUAUAUUGAUGUUUAUGGUUAAAAUAAGGGAGAAUAUGAUUUAAUUUUGGAGUUUGCUAAAAAAUAAAAUAUAAGUGUUUCAUAAGCAGAGAAUGAUAUUUAAUUUAUUAAAUCAAGGUAAAAUAAACGAAAUCAAACUAUGUAUGUUGAAAAUAGAUAAGUUAAGAGAAUGUAGAGAAAAAGAUAUAUAGAUGAUGAUGAAGUAUAUGGAGUUAGACCAAAUAAGAUAUCACCAUCAGGAGUUCAUCUUAAAAACAAUUUGAUAAUAUGAGCU